AUGGAAGGAUCCAGCGGGUCGAGUUUUGGAAUAGACACUAUUUUAUCCAGCGCCUCUAACUCUGGUAACCCCGUGCUCAUGAACGGAGAUUUCCGCCUCGGCGACAGCAGGACGGCGGAUUUCAGGAGCCAGGCGACCCCUUCGCCAUGCUCGGAGAUAGACACGGUGGGGACGGCCCCCUCAUCCCCCAUCUCGGUCACCAUGGAGCCGGGCGACGCGCAUCUGGUGCAGGACGGCAGCCUCCAGCAUCACCACCUCCACCACCACAACCAGCCGCUGUCUCCCCAGCAGCAGCAGCCGCUCGCCGGGGCCGGCUGCGCCCCGAGGACUGCCACCUCCUCGUUUCUAAUCAAAGACAUUCUGGGCGACAGCAAACCGCUAGCCGCCUGCGCACCUUACAGCACCAGUGUAUCCUCACCGCAUCACACGCCAAAACCAGAAAGUGCCACGGCUCCGGACGGCUUCAGGCCCAAGCUGGAACAGGACGAGAGAGGGGGCAAGUUGGACAAAAGGGACGACAUACACAGUGACAUGAAAUGCAACGACGAGGACGACCGGGAAAUCUCCAGCAGCAGAGACAGUCCGCUGGUGCGCUCCAAAAAGCCUCGCAAAGCACGGACAGCCUUUACCGACCACCAGCUCAACCAGCUGGAGAGGAGCUUCGAGCGACAGAAAUACCUCAGCGUGCAGGACCGCAUGGACCUGGCCGCGGCUCUCAACCUGACAGACACACAAGUCAAGACCUGGUACCAAAACAGACGGACGAAGUGGAAGAGGCAGACGGCUGUGGGCCUGGAGCUGCUGGCUGAAGCAGGAAACUACUCGGCCUUACAGAGAAUGUUCCCGUCGCCCUAUUUCUACCACCCGAGCCUGCUGGGCACCGUGGACAGCACGACGGCGGCCGCUGCGGCCGCGGCCAUGUACAGCAGCAUGUACCGGACUCCUGCCGCACCGCACCCCGGCCUCCAGAGACCUCUGGUCCCCAGGGUGCUUAUUCACGGCCUCGGGCCGGGGGGGCAACCGGCACUAAACCCCCUGUCUAACCCCAUGGUCUGCCAACCGCAUCAGCGGUAA